UGUUCCGUAGUAUACAAUAGAAAUUUACAACUUGCCAAGAGUUUGACGUAGGUGUGGUUCGGAGUGGAGGUUCAGACAUGAAAUAUUUGGCAGUGGUUGCCUUGCAGAUCUUCUACACGCUGUCGAGAAUUGGGGCUGUUAGUACUAGUAGUACUGACCAGUAUUACAUGGACGAGUACUGCUAUGAACGGAGGCUGCAUGCAGACUACAGGGAGCAGUCCAGUGGGCUUCUCUCACUGACAGCAAGCACCUUCUACCGCACUAACUGGACGUGCAUGCUGACGAUAGAAGCACCGCCUGAACGCAUGGUCCUGCUCAAGUUCCUCUCUGUCGACAUCAGUGGAAAUGAGAUUGGCCUCUGCAGGGAUUUCCUCGUUGUCUACGAUGGAUCCGACGCCUUCUCGCAGAAACUCACGCCUCCUGGUGGCAUGUGUGGCGACGCCACGUGGCUGUUCUCAUCGACGGGCAACUUCGUCACGCUGGAGUUUGUCAGUCCGAAUGACUACGUUGUAUAUCGCCGCCGCGUAGGCUUCACGCUGCUCUACACGUCGUUCACGGCCGGACCGAAUUGCUCGAUUGGCCAGUAUUUGUGUGAAAGCCAAGUCAGGUGUGUAGACAAUGAGUUGCUGUGCAACCGUCAUGACAACUGCGCGGACGGAAGCGACGAGGCGACUCAGAUCAAUCUGGCAGCGUGCCAGUUGGGUCUAGCUGCUUGGCAGGUGAUCACCAUGGUUGGUGUUGGCUUGUUCCUCUACUUCACCAUCGGCACUCUCAUCUACUUUCGCUGCUCAACGACGGCAUCGACGAUGAAAGUGACGUCGUCUCGCAAGAAAUCGCGCAAAUACCCGGAUCUCGUCCACUCGUAUGUGCAGCAGCAGCAGCAGCAGCAGCAGCAGCAGCAGCAGCAGCAGCAGCGGCGGCAGCAGUUGCCGCGGAAACCCGUUGGAUGCAGUGUCGACAAGAGAGCAUCCGACGGCGGUGGUGCGGCAAGCACAACAUACUGCGCGUCGGACGUCCAGCCGUACGUCGUCACGGCAACCACGCGGCAUCAUUCGCCCAAUGCGCUGCGUGUGCUCCCUAUUGAUAGGCAGCGUAGAUGGAGGCACGGUAGCAGCAGGCCAUGUCGCGUGCAUGAGUAUGCGAUAUCAGACGGGGUUGGGGCUGUUAGAGAGCAGACAGUGGUGAAAUGUAUGCUGCCAGCAGACAUUGAUCAUGCUGACAAUAUCGAGUGGCAGAGUACAGAGCAGGUUCACAUCAGCUCCGGUGUAUAUAUAUAGCUAUUAUUGACAUUUAUAUAAAUACAUAGACAUGUGCAUAUAUACAUAUAUCUUUCAUAGUUGAUCAAAUAUGUAUUAAUUUCAUCAUGAUGUCAAUUCGGCCACAAGCAAUACAUAGGCCUACAAUCAUAUACAUAUAUAUGCUUAUAUAGUAAGACAUGCCUAUUUUGUAUAUUUCGUAUGGGCAUUUUAAUGUAAUUUCUUACUUGUGUAAAAUAUAUCCAGUAUAAUAGAAAUUACCUACGAGAUUUUACGUUCACGUUUUUU